GUGAUCUGUAAGUAAACUGGGAGUGAUGGGAGCAGCCUGGAUCUCAUGGACAACAAUUAUAACUCUUAUCUUUACAGCAUCACAAAUCCCAGCUCUGAUCAGUGUCAGAACCACAGCCGUGACCGGUGAGGAGGGUCAGACGUUUUACUUCAAAUGUGAAUACCCACAGAGCUGGUGGAGCAACGCCAAGUACCUCUGCCGUAUGGACGACAAUGACAAUCACCUGAUACGCACGGAUCAACACAACGAGUGGGAAACKAAUGGACGCUUCUCCCUGUACGACAACACCACUGCGGCCUUCUUCCUGGUCAAAGUGGACAGACUUGUCCCAGAGGACAGUGGGACAUACUGGUGCGGGGUGGACGUCAGCUUACACCCGGAUCAUAUCAGUGCCAUACACCUGAACGUCUCUCAAGUAAAUGAAGUAUCCAACUUUCCCACAGACGUCCCAAUGGACAAGCUCAACAUGUCACUGUUGCUGACUGCGGCGAUGUGUGUGGCAGCCAUACUGUUUGUGUGUCUGUUUACACUGUGUCUCCUGCACGCUGUCAAACACCAGAGAUCAGGCCCACCCCAGAACGAAGAGACAUCGAAUGACUAUGAGACAYUGACGCCUGGUGUAGGAACUGAACCUGAACCCAGCUGCACCUGUUCACCUUUGGACCGUGCUGCUCUUUCAGCUCCAUCACCCCCACCUCCUGACCUCUGCUCCCACCUAACGCCAAAUCACCGGGAGUCCGCUGUCACUCUCAGUGAAUAUUAUGAUGUGGAUGUACGAGGACAUGUCUGCCAGUACCAACAUCUGGAUCUCAGCCAGUUGGAGGAUCAUGUUUAUCACAAGCUUUGUGGUCCCAAAGAGGGACCCACGCAGAUGAACUYUUGUCCUACUAAGUCAGAUUCUGCAGAGAAACUGAUGUACACUGGAAUAGGCCUCGGGGUGGUUUUGCUGGCUCUGGCCGUGGUGCUGCUGAUAUUCUUCAAACAUCGAAACGGAGACAUCAGCACAUCCUCUGGAAAGUACCAGAAGACUGACUAUGCAUCGCCGUCCAGUCUGACCGGAAACAACCACGAUAUCAUCACUUCUUCUUCGUCAGCUAAAGACGAUGAGGCCACAGAUGGCCCCAAGACCAGCAGAUACCUAUCAGACGAACUGUUUUACUCCUGUGUCAACUUCAACACGCAGGCAGACCGCAGCAGUGUCACACCUAGCCCUGCAGAGACCACAUACUCCAUCAUCACACACAUGGCAACAGAUGAAUCAGCCGUGUAUUGUGUCAACGCACCAGUGUGGCAGACGGCAUUUCUUGGAGGCUCUGUUAACAUCAACUGCAGCUACCCUCGAGCUGAAGGAAGCACCAUCAAAUACUUCCAACGAGAAAAUGAAAGCUCUGAUUGCACAACUUUGAUUUCAACGCACAUUUCACCUAAGACAAUGAAAGACAGGUUUUCUUUGACAGACCAUAAAGAGCAGGGCGUCUACACUGUGAAUAUAGCCAUGCUGAGGCAGGAGGAUACUGGAAGAUACCGGUGUGUUCAGAGCACCGUUUAUGAUAACGUCAAAAUAUGUUUAACUCAGAUCCAUCUCCAGAUUGUAAACACGGAUAAAAUUGCAAAAGCGACUCACAGUAAGAAAACUGCUCAAAUUGAGUGUCCCUACCCAGACUCCCAUGAGAACAAUACAAAAUCCCUGUGCAAGGGGGAGAUUCCUCUCAACUGUGAAGUGUUAAUACAGACAACAAAAGGUGAAACAAAAGCCGAUAAAGACAGGUUUUCCAUGAGGGACAACCAAAGAUUGAAGCACUUCCAGGUGAACAUAAACAAUCUGGUCACAGCCGACUUUGGAACGUACUGGUGUGGCUCAGACAGGAAAUGGCACAAUGCUUCUUACACCAAAAUCAACCUUUUGAAAGAGGGACGCAUCAAAACCGAAAAAUCAGGACCUCAGCAGACAACAGCAGCACCAUCUUCCACAACGACCCACCAUGAUGACCAUUCAGACUCUGGAAGGAUUGGCGUUAUGGUAGUGUGUCUGGCGUUGUUGGUGAUAGUUGGGAUUGUGCUCAUAGUGUUCAUACAUAAACUCUGCAGGAGACAAGGGGGAUCAACAAUGCAGAGCACACACGCUCAACAAAACUCAGAGGAAAAUCACAACGAUCGAGUGUAUGAGGAGAUAAAGGAACCCAACCAGGGGGCAAGCUCUGAAGAUGCAAUUCUGACGGUUUAUGCCUCCGCUAACCUUCCUGCAGAGCAGCUCCACUAUUCCAGCAUCAGUUUCCAGCAGGACGUUGUCACAGUCUCCAUAGAUGAAAAUCCACAUCCCGACAUGGAUAAAAUGUUUCCUCAGCCUGAAUACUCAUCAGUCAGAAUGACUCAGGGUGGCACCCAGCCUUCUUCUCUCUACUCUACAGUCAAAAACCCUGAGGAACUUAAAUAA